AACGUUUGUGAACUGGCUCUAUCAAUUCACUUUCAAGAACCGAUUCAAAAGAAUGAUUCAUUCACAUAGCCAAAUCGUGUUCGAAUUGUUUUUGGUAGGCGUCUCGUUACGUUUUUUUGAGACACAGCCUGUGAUUCGCUCUUAGUACCGUGACAGCCAAUCAUAGCGAAGCACUGAAGUGAAGCGUGAACGUCCCUUAUGAGGCCUGUGAUGUGAACGACUCACUUAAAAUGGCGACGGUGGAGCCGGAAAUAAACUCAAAUUCUUGCAAGAGUGAAGAGGAGAACUCCGAAGAGACCAAUCAGGAGAUUGUCAGCCCUGAGAGCUACAUCAAACAUCCUCUACAGAACAGAUGGUCUUUAUGGUUCUUCAAAAAUGACAAGAGCAAAACAUGGCAGGCCAAUCUCAGACUGAUCUCCAAAUUUGACACAGUAGAGGAUUUUUGGGCGCUUUAUAACCACAUUCAGCUCUCCAGUUAUUUGAUGUCAGGAUGUGACUAUUCUCUUUUCAAGGAUGGUAUUGAGCCCAUGUGGGAGGAUGAGAGGAAUAAAAAAGGAGGCCGCUGGCUCAUCACUCUCAACAAGCAGCAGAGGAAGUAUGACCUGGACCGCUUUUGGUUGGAAACUCUGCUGUGCCUCAUCGGUGAGACCUUUGACGACUACAGCGAUGAAGUGUGCGGGGCUGUAGUCAAUAUCCGAACGAAAGGCGAUAAAAUCGCUGUCUGGACAUCUGAUUACGAGAACAGAGAUGCUGUAACGCACAUAGGGAGGGUGUACAAGGAACGGUUAGGCAUCCCUAUGAAUAUGACCAUUGGCUACCAGUCUCAUGCUGACACGGCCACUAAGAGUGGCUCCACUACUAAGAACAAGUUUGUGGUCUGAAUAUCUUCAAGGGCCUGAAUUCUCUCUCUCUCUCUCUCUCUCUCUCUCUCUCUCUCUCUCUCUCUCUCUCUCUCUCU